AUGACUUUCAACAAGCUUGUUUCAUUCCAGCUUGACUACGCUCCUCAAUAUCAUCUUUCUAAGUAUAUUUCUUCGCGCUCUGGGCUCCAGUUGAUACAAAUUCAUAACAAGGCAUCGCCGUUGGUGCAGGGCUAUUUUGCGGUUGCCACAGAAUGUCCGACUGACUCGGGCGUUCCGCAUACGCUGGAACACCUCAUAUUCAUGGGAUCUCAUAAACACCCUUACAAGGGCCUACUAGAUACAGCAGGUAACCUGUGCAUGUCAUCCACCAAUGCCUGGACAGCAACGGAUCAGACUGUGUACACCUUGAGCUCUGUUGGGUGGACGGGUUUCAAAAAACUUCUGCCGGUGUAUUUGGAUCAUAUUUUGAACCCAACGAUUACAGACCAUGCCUGUACAACCGAGGUUUACCACGUUGACCCCAACGACAUGCAAGAAAAAGGCGUAGUAUUCAGCGAGAUGGAGGGCAUUGAGUCGCAAAGUUGGUUUAUUACCAUGUUGGAAAAACAAAGACAGAUGUUUCAAGACGGUAGUGGGUACAGAUCCGAGACGGGAGGACUCACUUCUCAGCUGAGAGAAUUGACUAACAACGAAAUUCGCAAUUUCCACCAGGAUAUGUAUUCACCCGAGAACUUGUGUCUUAUCAUAGCCGGAAAUGUACCCGAGGAAGAGCUUUUGGACGUUAUGACGAACUUUGACAAAGCACUACCUGCUUUCAGUGGUGAGAGACAAAGACCUUUUCUAGACACGAAGAAAUCGCAGAUUCCUGCCAAGAGAGAUCAACUCACGUUGACUGAAAUCGAAUUUCCUGAAAGUGACGAAUCGCAAGGUGAGAUCUUGAUGUCGUGGAUUGCAGAACCAUAUGAGGAUCACUUGAAGGACCUUGCGGUAUCAAUUUUGAUGGACUAUUUCACAGAGACAUCCCUGGCCCCUUUCAAUAGCCAACUUGUGGAGAUUGAUGAUCCGCUCGCAAAUUUUGCCGAGUAUUGGACCGAUGACUAUAUGCGAACCAUUGUCAACCUGAACUUCCAUGGCGUUCCUGUUGGAAGGCUCUAUGAGGCCAAGGACAAGAUAUUAGAGAUUUUAAGCACCCAUAAAAUUAAACUUGAACGCAUGAAACAGGUUGUUGAUAACGGAAAGUGGGACUAUGUUAUGAAGUGCGAAAAGAAGGGCCUCACCAUAUUGAGUCAAACUUGUAUUACUGACUUUCUGUACGGUCACAACAGCGGUCAGUGCCUAAAAGAAAGUUUGGAAAAUUUGAACGAUUUUGAAGAGCUUUUCAACUGGUCAUUAGAUCAAUGGCAAGAUCUCUUGAAUAAGAUUUUUAUUGAGAAUAAGCCCGUUAUUGUGUUAGGAAAACCAAGCACAGCCCUAUACAAGCGAUUAGAGCGGCAAAAGCAAAACAGAUGUGAUGCUGCCAAAAAGAACUUGAGUCAAGCUGAAAAAGAUAAGUUGAAGAAAACUCUGGAUGACGCCAUCGUUCAUAACUCUACCGACGUCCCCCCUGAGUUGCUGAAUGAAUUUGCGCUCGAAGCCCCCGAAAAGAGCGUAAGUUUGAUAGAAACGGAGAGCUGUUCAACUGUAUCGGACUCUCUAUCCGGCGUCAAGUCUGAAUGGGCGUCCAAGAUGUUGGAGUCGAAACCAAAAGAUUUCCCUUUUUCGUUACACUUCGAACAGUUUCCAUCGCAGUUCAUCGAGCUGCAUGUAGCCCUGAAUACUUUCAAGAUCCAAGACGUUGCCUCGCUUCCCCUAUAUCAUGUUAUCUGUGAACUAUUAUCGAUGCCAAUGAGGUUCGAGAAUGGACGCGUUAUUUCAUUCGAGGACGUAAUCUCAAGCUUGAAGUCAGAAACUAUCGACUCUGACAUUUCUCUAGGCCUCGGCCACAGCUUUCCCGAUUUACUCACAUUUCGCAUAUCUUGCAAGGCAGUUGACUAUGUGAACUCCGUAAAGUGGAUAAAACAUUGCUUAUUCGACAUGAUAUUUGACGAAAAAAGGGUCAAAGUUCUUUUAGAGAAGUAUCUGAAUUCGAUCGUCGAACUCAAAAGGGAGGGCGAUCUCAUGGUGUCCUCUCUCUUUGACAGGCAUUUUUUCACUACAAGGUCAAUGAAAAAAUCUACCGAUGCUCUCUUCAGCGAGGAAAUAAUCGAAGAUUUGUUAGAUCAAAUUGAUGAUGGCAAGUUCAAUACCGAAAUUUUACCGAAACUUGACUCCAUGAGGAAUCAAAUGGUAAUAGACUUCAAUUCCUUCCACGUUCUAGUUUUGGGUGGAAUUGAGAAGAUAGGGGAUGCAUAUGCACCAUGGCUGGACCUCGCUUCCAAAAAUGCUGCAAAAAGCACUCCUGUGUUGCAAGUUCCUAGCGUUCCACGACUCAUUGAGUCUCUCUCUUCGCUCGGAGAAUCUCCUCAAGGUGUUGCACACGUUAUCACAACCCCUGCAUCUGAGUCUUCCUACAUGACAGUGGUAACGAGCCUCGACAUCAGCGCAAAUUACAUGCAUGCAGAUUAUCCAGCAAUUUGCCUAGCUGCAGAAUAUCUCGGGUGUGUUGAAGGUCCGUUUUGGAAGGGCAUUCGUGGUUCAGGCCUUGCUUAUGGUGCUAAUAUUAUAAAAAUGAUAGAGUCAAAUGCGAUCGGAUUCUCAGUUUACCGUGGAUCGGAUGUUUUGAGCUGUUUUCAAACAGCCCGAACCAUCGUGGCUGACUAUGCUUCUGGAAAAUGCGAAAUCGAGCCCCAGCUUGUACAAGGUGCCUUGAGUAGUAUUAUCAACGGAGUUGCAUCAAGUGAAUCUGACUAUUACUCUGCUGCUCUUAUGAAAUACGUGGACGAUUAUUGCAAGAAAAGAGGGCCACAUUUCAAUCGUAACUUUUUGAGCAAGCUUGGUAAAGUUGAGAUUCCAGAUAUUCAAAGAGUGUUGGCAACCUACUUCGUGAACAUCUUCGAUUGUACCGAGACAGCAAUGUUUAUCAGUUGUCACCCGGCUAAACUUGAAGCUAUUAAAAACUUCUUAGACAAGGAGGGAUACACUACGGCCGUCGAAGAGCUGGAGGAUGAUAGCGAAGAGGAUACCAGUUGCGAGGGUGAGAGUGAAGAAGAAAGUGCAGAAAGUGAGGAUGACUAG